CCUCCACAACUCCCGCCAAUUGCACAUGUGUCUUUGACAGUGAACUUCCCCUUCAUAUGUGGAAGUAACUGCGCACAAAAGGACGAGUGUCGACUGCCAUAGCCAAUCUCGUCGACAGGCUCCCAGCCGCGCUUCUGCGAGGUCUUUUAUCCUCGUGACCUUACGCUCGACAAACCACACAACAUGAGGGAAUCCAGCUGAAGAAUGGCAAACACGAAGACGGUGCCUAGCAUUCCAAGACAGUCAGAAUGAGCAAUCGCUUCUAUUUUGGCGGCUCUGACUCUGGCUCGGAUGUUGAUGACAACGAUGCCUCACUUCCCUUCCCCAAGCCAUUAGAGCGCUCGACAUUCCUGGCACCAGACUUUGAUGCUGCAGCCUUCUUGUCCAGCCUGUCGAAUCGAUUUCAGACGCUUGAAGACUUGCAGACAGAGCUGCGCGAAUUGAGCCAGAUCCUCAACAAAGAGCUCGUCGAUCUCGUCAAUGACAAUUAUCAGGAUUUCCUAUUGUUGGGAAGUACGCUGUAUGGCGGCGAAGAGAAGAUCGAGGAUAUCCGACUAGGGCUACUGGGGUUUGAAAGGGAUGUUAAAGCAGUCAGAGAUAAAGUUGACGCACGAAGGAACGAGGUAGCAGAAUUGUUGAGGCAGAAAAAGGCUCUGCGACAAGAAACAAGCGUUGGACAGGCACUACUCGAGAUUGCGGAACGUUUAGAUCUGCUAGAAGAGAAGCUCGAAAUCUCGACACCAUCCACUAAGCAGCCCGCAACCAAGGUCAAAGACCAACCCAGGGACGACGGCGGUGAGCUUUGGGAUGACGAGUGGGUCGAAGAGACGACUACCAACGAUAUUGACGAGGAACUCGACUCGGUUGAGGUUGAUGGCGUCCCUCCCAGACUGAAGCGAAGGACUGAGGAAUUCCUGAUCUUGAAGCACCUGGCGAGCAAACACAGUCCGCAGCACCCCUUCCUCCUGGCCCAAGAAGGGCGAAUGCGCACGAUCCAAGAGAUCUUGCUUUCUGAUCUCGAAAUGACCAUCAAACAGGAAACUGAGAUCAAGAACAAACAAAAUUUGCUGCAAAUACGGGGGGCAAUUGCAGAGUGAUGUUUCUCCGACUGGGUUCUUGCUGUAGAGGGACAACUCUAUUUCCAUUUUUGCUACCUGUACGCCGAGGCUGAGCGACAUAUACCCCCAGUAUAGUACACUGAAGAAUCGAAAAGCUCUUUCAAAC